UGCAGGGUGAAGAGCACAGAUAAGGACCCUCCCAGCACUCACUGCAGAGCCUGUCCCGCCCACCCCGAGGGCUCCAUGCGGCAGGACACGGGCUGAUGCCCUCAGCUCACCCCGCCAUGGAGGGGGGGAACAGCUUCCCGCAGCACCAGCAGCCGGGCGAUGCCCUGUGCGGCAUCCCCGGCCUCCGCCCCCAGCUCGCCCUGCCGGACAUGGAGAAUUCCAUGCUGGCCACCAACCCAUGGAGUAGCUGCUACUCUGCCUCUUUCCCAACCUCGUCCUUCCCAAGUGAAAACCAGCAAUAUUUUAACCUCCCUCAGGAUUUUUAUAUGGAUUCCAUCAGCAGACCACAUUUCUUGGAUACAAACUAUGCAACUGUGGACCCCGCUGACUUCCUACCAAAAAAUGGGGAUUUUCCUCAGGACUCUUCAUACCUCGAUGAGCUCUCCAACAACUCCCUGUUCUCGUCCCCCGCGGAUUCCCUGUCGGACAUCGCGGAUCCCAAGGACUUCCUGCCCGCCGACAGCCUCAGCCACGUGCCAACACUCUGGGAUGUGAACACCCCGCAGAACCCCAUCGAGCUGUUCUCAUCCAGCACACCAUUCCCUGGCCUGAAUAGCUCCCAUGACCACGUUCCUGCUGUCCCCAACACCCCGCUCCUCAUCAGCUACCAGUCUCAGGCUCCUGCAGAGGAGGAGGAUGAGGGUGAGGAGGAAGAAACGGAAGAGUUGGGGCAAACGGAGACCUAUGCAGAAUACAUCCCUUCAAAGUCCAAGAUUGGGAAGCACCACCCUGACCUGGUGGUUGAGACGAGUACCCUGUCCAGCGUUCCCCCCCCUGACAUCACCUACAGCCUGUCCCUGCCGUGCUCCGUGGCUGACAAGGGCUCCCUCUCUGCACUACAGCUGGAAGCAAUCAUCUAUGCCUGCCAGCAACACGAAGUUUUAUUGCCCAAUGGGCAGCGAGCUGGGUUCCUCAUCGGGGACGGUGCCGGAGUGGGAAAGGGCAGGACCGUUGCAGGCAUCAUCUUUGAAAAUUAUCUUAAAGGGAGGAAAAAAGCUCUGUGGUUCAGCGUCUCCAAUGAUCUCAAGUACGAUGCUGAGAGAGACCUGAAGGACAUCGAGGCCUCCCACAUUCCUGUGCAUGCUCUGAACAAGAUUAAAUAUGGUGACACAGCUACCUCAGAAGGAGUCCUCUUUGCCACCUACUCGGCGCUGAUCGGCGAAAGCCAGGCCGGGGGACAGCACAGGACGCGCCUAAAGCAGAUCUUGGACUGGUGCAGGGAAAACUUUGAUGGAGUUAUCGUGUUUGAUGAAUGCCACAAAGCCAAAAAUGCCAGCUCUACCAAAAUGGGCAAAGCAGUGCUGGACCUGCAGAACAAGCUGCCUCAAGCAAGGGUUGUCUAUGCCAGUGCCACAGGUGCCUCAGAGCCAAAAAACAUGAUUUACAUGAGCCGCCUGGGGAUCUGGGGGGAGGGAACCCCGUUCCGAGCCUUCGAUGAGUUCCUGCACGCGAUUGAGAAGAGGGGAGUCGGGGCGAUGGAGAUCGUGGCGAUGGACAUGAAGGUCAGUGGGAUGUACAUUGCCCGGCAGCUCAGCUUCACUGGAGUGACCUUCAGGAUCGAGGAGAUCCCGCUGGACGAGCAGUACAAGGCUGUCUAUGACAAGGCAGCCAAGCUGUGGGCAGAGGCCUUGAUGGUGUUCCAGCAGGCAGCCGACUGCAUCGGGCUGGAGUCGCGCAAGUCGCUGUGGGGUCAGUUCUGGUCGGCUCACCAGCGCUUCUUCAAGUACCUGUGCAUCGCUGCCAAGGUGCGGCGGCUCGUGGAGCUGGCCCGGGAGGAGCUGGCCAGGGACAAGUGCAUCGUCAUCGGCCUGCAGUCCACGGGGGAGGCUCGCACCAGGGAGGUCCUGGACGAGAAUGAUGGGCAUCUCAACCGUUUUGUCUCUGCUGCAGAAGGCGUCUUUCUAUCACUAAUUCAGAAGCACUUUCCUUCAACCAAAAGAAAGAGAGAAAAAGGAACUGGCAUUAAAAGAAAACGUAAGAGCUCCCUCACUCCCAGCCCAGCCCCUGCCUCCUGCCCUGCUGCUCCCCCCCAGCCACUCACUUGUUCUCUGCCUCUUGCCCUUCUCCCCACUCCAUGCUUUUUGCUGCUCUCCUUGGUUUCUGUUUGCCCUCCCACACAUCUGUCGCUCCUUCGUCCGGUGGACAGCAGGUCUGGGUCAUCCACCCUUUUCCUGCCUCUGCCCCACUGCCCUGUCCCAGUGCAGGGCCUGCCCCUCGUAGCGAUAAUCUCAGAGGCCUCCAGCUCAGGGAUCUCCCUCCAAGCAGACAGACGGGUGAAGAACCAGAAGCGCCGGGUCCACAUGACCCUGGAGCUGCCCUGGAGCGCGGACCGGGCCAUCCAGCAGUUCGGCCGAACGCACCGAUCGAACCAGGUCUCUGCCCCAGAGUACGUGUUCCUGAUCUCAGAGCUGGCAGGGGAGAGGAGGUUUGCAUCCAUCGUGGCCAAACGCCUGGAGAGCCUGGGUGCCUUAACUCACGGGGACCGACGGGCCACCGAGUCCCGGGACCUCAGCAAGUACAACUUCGAGAACAAGUAUGGGGCCAAAGCCCUGGACAGGGUCCUGUCCACGAUCCUCAGCCACAUGGAGAACAGAGUUCCUGUGCCCAAGAGCUACGAGAGACGGGAGGCCGACUUUUUCCGUGAAAUGAAGCAAGGGCUCAUCUCUGUGGGGAUCUGCUGCAGUCAGAUGAAGUAUGGCACUGUCUCGGUGGAGAAGGACUGCUCCAUCACCAAAUUCCUGAACCGCAUCCUGGGCCUGGAGGUGGACAAGCAGAACAUGCUCUUCCAGUAUUUUUCUGACACCUUUGACUAUCUGAUUGAGAAGGACAAGAAGGAGGGCAAAUACGACAUGGGCAUCCUUGAUUUAGCGCCAGGAGUGGAUGAGAUCUAUGAGGAGAGCAAGGAGGUCUUCCUGACCCCGGGGCACCCGCAGGACGGGCAGGUCGUGUUCUACAAGAUCAGCGUCGACAGAGGCUUAAAGUGGGAAGAAGCUUAUGAGAAGUCACUCAAACUGACAGGAGCCAAUGAAGGGUUCUACCUCUCCUACAAGAUGCGAGGCAGCAAAUACACCUGUCUGCUGGCAGAGCAGAGCCGUGGGAAGAACUUCAUCCUCUACAAGCCAAAUAUUGGGAAGCAAAGCCAGCCCGAGAGCCUGGACAGUCUGCAGAAGAAGUACCGGCGGGUGAUGCCCGAGGAAGCCAAGGAGCACUGGGAGAGCAGCUACCACUUCUCCUUGAAGAACUGUAACCACGCCCUGUGGAACAAGAGCUGCAAGCUGAUCCAGGAGGGGAAGGAGUGCUUCCAGGGCAUGCGCCUGCGGCACUACUACAUGCUGUGCGGGGCCCUGCUGCGGGUGUGGAGCAGGAUCGCCGGCAUCAUGGCCGACAUCACCGCCAGCAGCUACCUGCAGAUCGUCCGCCUCAAAACCAAGGAGAAGAAGAAGCAAGUUGGGAUAAAGAUCCCCGAGAGCUGCGUCCACAGGGUGCGGGAGGAGCUGAAGCAGAUGGACCAGGACGUGAAGCGGAAGCACAGCCGGCUGCUCCAGGCCCGGGAGCAGGGCCCACCCUUCUCCCUGCCCCUGCACCUCCUGCCAGGGCCCAGGCUACCGCUGUCCUUGCCCUCCCUGUGCCAGGACGAGAUCCUGGACUUGACCUGCAGCCCUCCCAGCAGCAGCAUUCCCGACGUGGUGAUGAACUCGGAGCCCGGAGCACUGUGCUUCCCCUCAGAGCCCCCCCUGCAGCCCCACCAGCAGCACCAGUUGCCCUUUUGCUUUGGCCUGGAGGGUGGGUGUGGCCCGCGCCCUCACGGCCCGACCCCCAGCACGCCCCCGCCCCCCCCGCAGCAGCCACAGGAGGAUUUUCUCCAGCAAGAUGGGAGUAUCAAUUUUAGAGAGAUCCUGGAGGACAUGCUGAGGACGUUCCCCCAGGAGAACCUGCUCCCCCAGGAGCGCCAGAGCGUGAUCCAGUUCAGCGGGCCGCACCUGGAGUUCUGAGUGCCAGCCGGGAAUGCCAGCGGAGCUCGGCCAACGUGGAUCCGCGUCCUCUGGGGCACAGGUGAGAGCUGAGGAGCCCUGAAUGUCCUGCCCGUUUGGACUGACCCUUUUGUGGUUUGGAGGGAGGAAACAGGUUUGGGUGGAACGUGCCUGGGGGAAACCGAGCGGGUCCCGCUGGGCCGGGGGGCUCUGCUGUGUCCAGUCCUGCUCACAGGUCAGUGCCUGUGUGGGACUGAGGGGAGACCCCCCUCCUCUGCCCACCCCCACAGACUACUGAGUGUCCGAGCCAGGCCAGGCCUUGCCCAGCCC